AUGGGUAAAAAUUUGAGUAAACAUCCAACAUUAUCAAGUAAAGAAGUACAAGGUUACAGUCAAAUGACUCGAUUACAACCAUAUGUUAUUCAACAAAUCUAUGAAGCAUUUAUGGAUCGAGUAGGCAAAAGUGGACGAAUGAAAAUUAAUGAUUUCAAAUUAGUUUAUCUUGAAACAAAUCCGUAUGCAAAUGCAUAUAAUUUAGAUAUGGAUGCGGAACGAGUGUUUUUGAUGUAUGAUACUGAUCGCAAUGGCGUCUUAACAUUCAACGAGUUCAUCAUAGCAUUUGUUCAUAUGCAAACAGGUUUAGUCGCCUGA